CACGUCCUACUUGUGAAGCUCUACAGCAGGGCGAUUUUGCGCGUUCCCGUGACUCUCGCCAUAGAAAACAAAGCUUGAACGUCUUCCAUAACUGCUAGGGGGUGCAGACUUGAGGAAUAUACGAUUUUUUUUUUAAAUACUUGGACACAUCGCGCUGAAUAUGGAUUUACAGUGGGUGUAGCAUCGUUGAAGACCGAGCCUUCUUGGGCUGGGGGUGACAGCGGGACAUUUUAGCGAGACCGACGAAAAUAACAUCAGUGUGUUUUUUUUUUUUUUUUUUUUUCUUCUUCUUCUCGGGGUGCUUUGUCUUGUCCACCUAACUAACGAUAGCAAACCAUCAUUCCCCAUUUCAAUUGCAAGACAUCCAGCUAGUGAUUGCUAGCUGCCGCCGGGAUGUAUCACCAUGUUGUCACCUAAAACUAACUGCUAAGGACGUCGGAUUGUGAAGGAUAAGCUGAAAACAUCGCCGGGUUGUCACCGGGACCUGAAUCUGUGUUAGCCACAGUCGCGGAACCCACUGUUUUCGGCGAUAUGGCGGAGCAAGGCUACUCAUCCUGGGCGUACUCCCUAGUUGACUCCAGCCAGGUGUCCACCUUCCUCAUCUCCAUCCUCCUCAUUGUCUACGGCAGCUUCAGGUCAUUGAACAUGGACUGUGAGAACCAGGAGAAGGAUAAAGACGGGAACCCGACAGCAACAGGGGCUUUUAAUAACAGUAACACAAACAACAGUAUUCAGACUAUAGACUCCACACAGGCCCUGUUCCUGCCCAUAGGAGCCUCCGUGUCUCUGCUAGUCAUGUUCUUCUUCUUUGACUCUGUACAAGUGGUCUUCACAAUCUGCACUGCAGUUCUUGCAACAAUUGCAUUUGCAUUCCUGUUGUUGCCAAUGUGCCAGUAUUUGACCAGACCCUGCUCCCCACAGAACAAGAUUUCUUUCGGCUGCUGUGGGCGUUUCACUCUGGCUGAGCUCCUGUCCUUCUCCCUCUCCGUCAUGUUAGUGCUCAUCUGGGUACUGACUGGACACUGGCUUCUCAUGGACGCUUUAGCCAUGGGCUUGUGUGUCGCCAUGAUAGCCUUCGUGCGGCUUCCCAGUUUGAAGGUGUCCUGCCUGCUGCUGUCCGGACUGCUCAUUUAUGACGUGUUCUGGGUGUUCUUCUCAGCCUACAUCUUCAACAGUAAUGUGAUGGUCAAAGUCGCCACCCAACCUGCUGAAAAUCCCAUAGACGUCCUGUCCAGGAAGCUUCACCUGGGGCCGGGGAUGGGCCGUGACGUCCCCCGCCUCUCCUUACCUGGAAAAUUGGUCUUCCCUAGCUCCACAGGAAGUCACUUCUCCAUGCUGGGAAUAGGAGACAUCGUGAUGCCGGGGCUACUGUUAUGCUUCGUCCUGCGUUAUGACAACUACAAAAAGCAAGCCAAUGGGGAAGUCCCAGGACCCGUGUCCGGACGCAUGCAGCGAGUCUCCUAUUUCCACUGCACUCUCAUCGGAUACUUUGUGGGUCUGCUUACUGCCACUGUGGCCUCCAGGAUCCAUCGCGCUGCUCAGCCCGCUCUGCUCUACCUGGUGCCCUUCACCCUGCUGCCUCUGCUCACUAUGGCCUACCUGAAGGGGGAUUUGCGGCGCAUGUGGUCCGAGCCCUUCCACACCAAGACCAGCAGCUCUCGCUUCCUUGAGGUAUGAUGCACCCUGGGAUACACAAGGAGCAGCGCGGGGAGGACUACAGAUCCUUUACCUUAAUUUGAGGGAAGGAGAGAGGGCGCACUCACAGUGAGGCCGUGUUGUCAUCACUUGUUCAUGCUUUCCGCCAAUCUUCUGUGAAAAAAAAAAUCCCUCAGAAGGACACCAGAGUGUGGAUCACAACGCCCCAAAACACGACUCAUGUUUGGUCUCUACAUCCUCCCCCCCCCCUUUUUCGUCUCUGUUUCCUCUUUUCUGUUUAUUUCCUCUUCAUUACAGCACAUCCUGCCUUUGCUGUUUUUGUUCUGUCUCUCCUCCCUCUCUUUUUUCCGUUUUCCUCUCUUCUAUAGUCCGUCUCAUUCGCGACUUUCCUCCUUCGUCAGCGCUCUUAUCCUCUUCCUUCUUUCUCCGCGUCUUUUUCAUUUAGCUGCAUCUCCGCUUGUCACCGACUCAGAUGAACUUGAGGGCCAGGCCUCCCACCAUUUUGUGGACUUAGGGUUGUGAGACGUGGCUGGGGGUUUAUAUAUAUUUUUUUAGCAUUGUCAUGGUCAUUAUUAUCAUUAAUAUUAUUAUUAUGGAAUGAUUGAAAACAAAAGGAGAAGAGGUGGAGCGUUGCGGCGGCACAGGACAGUGCUCGGUAGCAGCGACAGGAAAAGAGAAGAGUCUUCCCCCUCAUCUGUCUCUCCCCCCUUUACCCCCCCCCCCCUCCCCCCUGCUUUCUUCAUCAUCCCUCCACCACAGCUCCUCCCUAGCGCUCCCACCCUCCUCCUCUUCCUUUGCUCAUCUGCUGUCCCCAUCUCCGACCCUCACAGAUAACUAUGUAUUUUAUUUAGAAAAGUUUUAUUCUUGGCAUAUACAGAAAUGAUGCAUUAUAAAUUGUUAAGCCACCCCCUGCGUUUGAGGGGCUGCUUCUAUUUGUAUAUAUGUGUAUUUGCGGUAUCUUGAGUUUAUAUUUGUGUUCGGGAGCAUGAUGAACAGGGUGGGAGACUAACGUCAGCCAACAGCUGAAUUCUGGUGAAGUUUGGGCUGUUUCAAAUUGACUGGCGAGCAAACAUCAUUACGAGAUUUCUUUUCUAAGGUUUGUUAACUUUGUGUAAUUGAAAAGUCGAUGAUGGAUUUUUUUAUUUUUUUUUUGUGGGCGGAAAAAAACCCCAUCUGCAUCGGUGGCUGAUGGAAGAAAAAGUUAGUUUCCUGUCCUCGUGAUACAUUGUGUGAAUGUGUGUACAUGUGUGUGUGGGAGAGCCGAUGAGUGAACGGUUUGUUUUACUUGCUUUUAAUUUGAAAUGAAUAUGGUAAAAACAGUAGCAAUAGUCAGGUUUCCCUUGAGCUGGAUAUGUUUUCUGUCUAAAUUUACAACAACAUGAAAAAACAGACAGGAGUCACUUAUCAGUUUUCUACAGACAAGUGGAGAUGUAAACAGUUUUUUUGUUUUUGUUUCCAAAUAAAUGAAUGUUUAUGAAUUGAUUUUAAGGUAUUCCAUGUUACUUCACAUCCUGAAUUCACAUCAAACAUGUUGCAUUUAGGAACUGAGCUUCUCUCGCACCAAUCCUCAAUUUAAAAGUAUUUUCAGCCUUGAAACACUGCAAACAUCUUACUUCAGCUUUAACAAGUGAUGCCAGGCAUUAAGAUACCUGUUGUUGUUGUUGUUGUUGUUGUUGUUUUGUUUCUUUGACAAAGUCAGCCGAGCAGCACAAAAGCACAUCUCAUCUGAUCUUUGUAAAUGUCAGCGUUUCACCUCAGCUGAUGGAGACCUGACUAUUGUGUGAAAGUUUGGACUCGAAGCCUGAAGAUGGACAUGUGAUGUGGUUAGAUUCAUGUUACUGAAAAGGUUUUCACUGGUUGGACGGUUGGGGGUGUGUUAGUGUGUGUGCGUGCGUGCGUGCGUGUGUGUGCGUGUGUGUGUGUGUGUGUGUGUCAGUGUGUGUGCUUGCUUGAUGAAACAUCAUAAAGUCUGUUUGGACCUAAGGGAGAGGAGCGAAUCAGUUACGCCCUUCAGGAAUGGAAAUCAGAAAAUGAAAGCUUACCUAUAGGAUGUUCUUGCUGUCACCAUUUGGUCCCUGACAGUCUGUUUUGUUUUUUUCUUGUCCUUCCACUUUUUCAUGGUGCUCGUCAGUUAAUAUCUUAUGUAUACUGGAAAAAUGUGUGGAUGAGUCAGAGAGACGUACUGACGACGAAGUUCGCUGGCUUUUUUGUUUUUUGUUUCUUUUCUUCCUUUUUUUUCUUUUUUUACUUUUUUUAUGCUAUCUGGCCGUGCAUGUUAAGUGUACAGUGUAUCAUUUCUCAGACUGAAUCAACAGGGCUACUGCAGGUUUUGAAUCCCUGCGGGCCGACACUAAGGCACUGGACCUAAGAGCUCCCCUUACACGACGCAGCAUCAGUGGGCGGGACAAAGGCUGCAGGUCAGAGAGACUGCGAUUGGUCAGCUCUGACUGACAUUAGGACCUGGAAGCUUCCAGGCCGCUCAGUGCAGUCGUCUGAAUUCAGACAUCAUGGAACCAGGACCCCCUCCCCCUACCCCCUCCUCAUCUCCUCAUGGACAUGACAAAAAAAUAUAUAGAUUUAUAUACAUAUAUAUACAUAUAUGUGUGUAUAUAUACAUACAUAGUAAAUCAUUGAUGACGAUCAUGGUGAUAACAGAAAUGUUUCUUUUUUAUAGAAAUGGAUUUCUUUUUACCCCCGUUGUUUCUUUCGUGCUUUAGGUUUUUUUUAGGUUUUUUUUUUUUUGUUUUUUUUGUCUUUCCACCUCUUCUCCCCUCCAGCAGAGGAUUCCAGUUCUGUUGGUGCAUCAAUAUUACAGCUGAAUGGAUUCUGUAUAGAAAAAUGGUGAAUAAAUAAAUUAAGAACUGUGUAGUGAAACAUGGAUCCUGAAGCGCUUGAUCUAAAAACACUUUGUCUCCUUUUAAUCCCCUUCCUCUGCCCUCUCCCCUUCUUUACCUCCUCGUUCAGGAUUCUGCUGUAAAUAAACAUGACUCUAACUGUA